AUGUUCGACGCAACCGACCAGAUGGGUGAAGAAAUGCCUAUGGGUCUUAGUGGGAACUUUGAGUAUCGAGGAUGUAGGAGAGGGAGUAGGAGUGAGGAGGCAGAGGGUACUAAUCAAAGUGGCGAGGGCAGUACUCGAGGUGAACAGGGGGCGAACCAGUGA